UUUAUACUGCUGAUAGCGGUCGACAACGGAUGCCUGAGAUUUCAGAGAAUAAGGCACGCUGCAGACGGAGAAAUGUUGCGUGUUGGUGAUAUGGAAACAUAAAGUUGUUAAAUAGUUUGUAUUUUGAGCGGUUUGUUUCUACUGUUGUGGCCUUUAGUGACGAGCAGCGGAAGAGUUGACGGAGCGGCUGUUGAAGCAAUAGGAGACCAUUAGCUGCUAGCUGAAGUGGUGAUAGGACGUGAAUGAAUCCGGUCGGACGGAACCAGCCCCAGGAACCAUAGCAGCACCAGUCAUUCAGUCACACCCUUAUCUGGGAACAGUGGAUUAAUCUUUGUAGCUCAGCAAUAUGCCGUAACGUUCAUUCAUAUUUCUCGACGUUUUACACUAGCAUGUGUUAGCCGCUAGCUGCUGGAUUUAAGCUACUGGAGAUCGGUUUGAGUCCAGUUGAAAGUGUGGACUUAUUAUGACCGACUCAUCAUCAUCAUCAUCAUCAUCAUCAUGGCUCGGACAGAGAUGAUAAGACACAUCAGGCUGUCUGCUGCAGAUCCAGCCUUCACCCUCUGCUAACCAGAACACACCAGUCUAGAAUUUGUAGCCCACUAGACGUGUGUUUGUGGUCAGCGUGUAAUGAUGAGUUCUCCAAUGUACACCUUUGUUAGCCGCGAUGAUAACAGCACUAUUUAUGCAGAAGUGUCCAAAAUCCUCCUUUCUACCGGACACUGGAAGAGGCUGAAAAGAGACAAUCCAAGAUUCAACCUAAUGCUCGGUGAGCGGAACAGACUGCCAUUUGGACGCCUUGGCCAUGAACCAGGACUGGUGCAGCUGGUGAAUUACUACAGAGGAGCAGACAAGGUUUGCAGAAAGGCAUCCCUGGUCAAGCUUAUAAAGACCAGCCCAGAGCUGUCCGACUCCAGCAACUGGUUUCCAGAGUCCUACAUAAUCUACCCUACAAACCUCAACACCCCUGUGGCUCCUGCUUCCAACGGCAUCAGUCAUUUGAAGAGCAACCCUAAAACGGAUGAGCGGGAGGUUUUCUUGGCCUCGUACCACACUAGAAAGGAAAGUGGAGAAGGAACUGUGUGGAUCGCUAAGUCUUCAACCGGUGCUAAAGGUGCUGGUAUUCUGAUAUCACAUGAUGCAAAUCAGCUGCUGGAUUAUAUUGACAAUCAGGGACAGGUCCAUGUCAUCCAGAAGUACCUGGAGAAACCCCUGCUGCUGGAACCAGGUCAUCGGAAGUUUGACAUCAGGAGCUGGGUGCUGGUAGACCACCAGUAUAACAUCUAUUUGUACCGGGAGGGCGUGCUGCGGACCUCGUCGGAGCCCUACAACAGCUCGGACCUCCAGGACAUGACCAGCCACCUGACCAACCACUGCAUCCAGAUGGAGCACUCCCAGAACUACGGACGCUAUGAAGAGGGGAACGAGAUGUUCUUUGACGAGUUCAGGAUGUACCUUCUGAACACUCACAACGUCACCCUGGAGACAACCAUCUUACCUCAGAUCAAACACAUCAUUAAGAGCUGUCUGUCGUGCAUCGAGGCGGCAAUCAGCACCAAGCACCUCUCCUACCAGAGCUUCCAGCUCUUUGGGUUUGACUUCAUGGUCGAUGAAAACUUCAAAGUGUGGCUCAUCGAGAUCAACGGAGCUCCAGCCUGUGCACAGAAACUCUACCCAGAAUUAUGUCAAGGUAUCAUUGAUGUGGCCAUCUCCAGUGUCUUCACUCUCAAUAGUGACUCCUCGUCUGCAUCGUCAUCACCUUACUCCUCCUCGCCUUCCUCUCUCUUCACCACCAACUGCUGCUCCUCUCCAAAGCUGAGGGGUCCUCUGCAUGUGGGUCCUUUCACUCGCCUUUAGGGACAAUCUCUGCUGAACACAUCAUCCACGAUCCAUCCAAACUCAUGACCUGCACCUAUGAGGAGAAGCACAUGUGGAGACAAUUGGCUUAGACUUUGUUUUUAUAGAGUUGGUUACACUACAGAGAAGGUAGUAUGAGAAUGGUGGGAGCUGUUCAGCAAACACUGUCAGGGUUUCUGAAUGAAGCCAGAAGACCCUUUUUUCCCUGGGUUGAUCCCCUGAUCGUUUCGGGAGCAGAUGGAUAGAGGUGUGCAGGAAGCUGAGAUGCUCCAGCUGAGACUUACUGUGCCUUACAUUUCCAGCCACUCUCCCUCAAACAGACUGCCACUAAAGACUGCUCUGUUAUUAGCUGAUUCCUGUUCUGUACGUCCUGCACCUCAUCAAUGCCCAUAACAUCCCUCCACUAAAAAAAACAAUGACUAGAUGAUGUGAUAAACUUUAUGUAUUGAAUUUGUGGAUUUUCCUUUUUCAUAUCACACAGAAGACCCAUUCUACCCAUAUAAUGUAUUUAUGAUUUAAGAUCUUCUUGAAGAAUAACAUUGGUGAACAAUUUGACAGAGGAGGAGCUACAUGUUUAUGUUAAGGGCAACUGGGUAGCAAACCCAACUGUUUUCUCAUGGAAGACCCAUUUUAAGUUCCUUACUGUGGCGGUUCUUAGAUGAGGGACACCCUGGUCCAGCAUCCCAAGCCUGCCUGCAGACAAAAAUCCAUUCUGCACAUUUUUGUAGCUUAUUAAACUAAGGAUGCUUUUUAAUAUAGAAAUUAUAUAAAGAUUUCUCCGAGGCCCCAUUAGUGUAGCCAACACACCUUCAUAGAGGAGAAUGUUACCCACCACUGUCCAAAUGCAUGUGGCAGCAAGCAACAAACGAGUACUUGCAAGGGGUCACUCCCUGCACCGUGAUUCUGAGGGGAUGUUUGGACAUGAAAAUUACUAAUAAAACAUUUUCUUCUGUCAAAAUGAGCAUUCCUGCCUCCCCCAAUAGGGUACCACCCUGGGUGGCGACCCAUAUCAACAACAUCAAGUUCAUCUACUGCAGCCCUGGAAGCCCUGUUGUGUCCCAGUCUCUUACUGGCUGAGAAAGAAGAUGAGGAGCAGUAGUAAAGUGUUGUUAACAAGGUCCAAACUAAGUUUCAUGUUUUUUGGAGAGCAUGUUUGUAGAUGGCAUGUAGCAUUUAGGUCCCCAGCAGAACACCUUCUGCUGUAAGAAACUGUCCCUUGGACUGUGUCUUUAUGGUUCUGGUGUAGUUGGAUGAAAGCAAUGUGUUGGUUGGACCUGAAGUAGUGAAGGCUGUACAGAAUAUCUCAAUGAUUAUUUCAGACAUGAUUCUCUGAAACUGAUGUGACUAAAAGAUGAAGACCGACCUGCAGAGAAAAGCUUUAUUAGUAGAGGUCAGUGUAUGGCAGCGUAUGUUCAUUUGGGUCCUUCAGCUGUUUUUAUUUUGGAUAAAUCUCUGUGAUCAGUAGGGACUGUAGAGUGAUACUUGGUAGAUGUUUUGUGUUUUUCGUUUUUUUAAUUUUUUGACAGCUGGUUCAUUUCAACUACAAAAUAAGACGUUUUGGACAAUUAUUUCCAUGUUUUAUCUUCGGAUCACAGGUGUCAUGUUAUGCUUCCCCUACUGUUACAAAGGGAAACUGUUUCUGUAAAGGGCAUUUAUCAUGACUUUCACACUUCUCCAUUUCAACUGUGUUUAGGCUCGUAGCUGAAUUCAUUUUGAUGUCUGAAAUUUAGACAUUUUUUUUUAAAUCGUGCGACAUAAAGCUAGCACAAGGCGGCUGACAUCGCAGAUGAACUUGUGAUAAACUUGUUAUCAU